AUGUACGGUGGAUAUUCGAAUCAGAACUACUAUCAACAGCCUUCUGGUCGUCCAAACGAUUUUCAGCAACAGGGAAACAUGCCCUUUUCGGAACCUUCUCAGCCCAUGUUCAGCACCAAUUAUAUGAAACAACAAGGAUCACAGCCGUCUUUACAAGACCGUCUGACCCAACAGCAAUCGCAACCUCAGUCGCAUAAUAAUCAAUAUUAUCCGAAUGGAGGGUUUACUGAUGUGCCCAACUUGAAUUAUCCAGCGACUCCACCACCAACUCAAAGCAUUUAUUCACAUAACAACAACUCUAAUUCGAAGGUAUAUCAAUCCGCUCAGCAUACAUCUCCCGGUCAAUAUUCUGUUGCCAGUGAGUCCGGUUUGUACAUCCCGCCACCACUGCAGCAACAGCAGAAUGGUCAACAGAGUCCUGUGAGAUCGGUACAUCAACAGACACAGCAAACACCGCCAACAUUUACUCAGCAACAAAGCUCUUCCCAACCUCAGUCACCUCAACACAAUACGUAUCAUGCACAGCAGCAGCAGCAGCAGCAGCAGCAGCAACAACAAACUCAACAGGCCCAGCAGCAAGGACAACGACAAACUCAGCAACAGUCUCAGCAGCAAGCUCAACAACAGAAUGGAUCGGCGAAUAAUUACAUGUAUUUUGAGAGAAGACCUGACCUAUUGACCAAAACUACCCAAGACAAAGCAGCUGCUGUUAAGCUCAAGAUAGAGAACUUUUAUCAGAGUAGUGUUGGUUAUGCUAUUGAAAGAAAUCAAAGAAGAUUGGAACUGGAAUCCGAAUUGGCAUCCCAGGACUGGUCCGAGGAACGUAAGAAUAGACAGCUUGCUUCUUUAGGUAAAAAGGAGUCACAAUUUUUGAGACUACGUAGAACGAGAUUAUCGUUGGACGACUUCAAUUCAGUGAAAGUCAUCGGUAAAGGUGCCUUUGGUGAAGUUAGAUUGGUACAAAAGAAAGACACAGGCAAGAUAUAUGCUAUGAAAACAUUGCUGAAAUCGGAAAUGUACAACAAAGAUCAGUUAGCUCACGUAAAGGCUGAAAGGGAUGUUCUAGCGGGAAGUGAUUCUCCGUGGGUUGUUUCAUUGUAUUAUUCCUUUCAAGAUUCACAAUAUUUGUAUUUAAUUAUGGAGUUUUUGCCGGGUGGUGACUUGAUGACCAUGUUAAUCAGAUGGCAAAUUUUCACAGAAGAUGUGACAAGAUUCUACAUGGCAGAAUGUAUACUUGCUAUCGAGGUCAUUCAUAAAUUGGGCUUUAUUCACAGAGAUAUUAAACCAGAUAAUAUCUUGAUAGAUAUUAGAGGCCACAUUAAACUAUCAGAUUUUGGUUUGAGUACGGGGUUCCAUAAGACUCACGAUUCAAGUUACUACAAAAAGUUAUUACAAGAGGACGAGGCAAAGAAACAACAGCAACAACAACAGCAACAACAGCAAUUAAAUCUACAAAAACCUCAGCUCCCAAACGAAACAAACAAUGGUAAUAGAAAUACAAUGUUGGUUGACGCCAUUCAUUUAACCAUGACAAAUAGACAACAAAUGCAAACUUGGAGAAAGUCGCGUAGACUAAUGGCAUACUCUACUGUUGGUACUCCGGAUUAUAUUGCACCUGAAAUUUUCCUGUACCAAGGUUAUGGUCAGGAAUGUGAUUGGUGGUCAUUAGGAGCUAUUAUGUACGAGUGUCUAAUUGGUUGGCCUCCAUUUUGCUCUGAAACACCACAAGAAACGUAUCGUAAGAUCAUGAAUUUCGAACAAACUUUGCAAUUCCCCGAUGAUAUUCAUAUUUCUUAUGAAGCUGAAGAUCUAAUCAGAAGAUUGUUAACUCACUCUGAAAAUCGUCUAGGUAGACAUGGUGGUGCCGAUGAAAUUAAGGCACAUCCUUUCUUCAGUGGUGUUGAUUGGAACACUAUCAGGCAAGUGGAAGCUCCUUAUAUUCCUAAGUUGUCCAGUGUCACAGAUACUAGGUUCUUCCCAACUGAUGAAUUAGAAAAUGUCCCUGAUUCACCAGCAAUGGCACAAGCUGCAAGACAAAGAGAACAGAUGAUGACACAGCAACAAGGGGUUCCUCAAUCCAAUGCAAAGGAAGAUUUACCAUUCAUCGGGUACACGUACUCUAGGUUUGAUUAUCUAACUAGAAAGAAUGCUCUAUAG